GCGUGACAUGCUGCGACGGCUUGAUAGAUCUUGGAUCCUACCAUGGACGAGAUCGCAAAUGACAAAACAAGGUGCCGGGUGGCAAAGCAUGGAUGACAUGCGUCCGUCACCUCGUGGCGCGAACGCGUCUUCAGCUCGUUAGCUCUAGCGCUAGUCGCCAACGCGUCUAUCUCGUUCGCCAUCUCGUCCCUUCCACCACGUUCUACACCCUCAGCACGGAGCUUCGCUCAUUUACGGCUGCGCUGCGCAUAUGCGCACCGUUAUCAUGCCUCUAGGCUUCGAGCGAAUCAACGAGCGCACCCAGCGACCGAAUGCCUCAAUCAACUUCAUUCGCACAAUCCCAGGCCCGACUUCAAUGACCGCCGAACAGAUUCUGAAUCGAGUCGCCGCGAUAUGCUACCCAUUCAUGAAAGCAAACAUGAUACUAGUACAAGCACUCGAGGAAUUUCCCUACAACAACGAAUUUGUUGGUCGCAACUUCAACUGCGGCGAGGUCAUUCAGCUUGUGCUGCGAGAUCGCAACGGGCGGUGGCUCCCUCAGCGUAUGGUUGAGAUGGUCAUGGUGCAUGAGCUGGCACAUUGCAAGCAAAUGAACCACUCCAAGGCAUUUUGGAAGGUCAGAGAUGCAUAUGCAGUUGACCUGCGGGCGCUGUGGGUGAAGGGCUACACUGGAGAAGGUAUUUGGGGUCGAGGCAGAGGAUUGGAGACAGGCAAUAUCCAAUCGAGCAAGGUCGAUGCAAGCGACAUGCCUGAGCAUUUAUGUGGUGGCACAUACGGUCGCAGGUUACAGAAAAGGGGGAGGGGCGGCAAGGAGAAAGAGACGCUCUCUUAUGCUGAGAGGAAACAGCGACGUAUUCUGAAGAAGUUUGGUGCUGGCGGCCAGUCAUUGGGUGCAGAUGACGAUACCAAGAUCAAGCUCGAAGGUGGUGUACCGAAGAAAGGCAAGCCAAGGGUAGCAGGCAGCGCACGAGGCCGAGAACUCAGGGCUGCAGCUGCACUGGCUCGGUUUGAGCCCGUGAAAAGGGAAGCAGAAGGAAUCAUCAUCAAGAAAGAAGAUAUCUCGGACAGCGGGACAGAAGACGAGAUUGACCUGGCUGACGCGGCGCUCGACGUGGAUGGAUCGAAGCUCGUCGAUUGUAAGGGUCGCGCCCUGAUCAAGAUCUGCGAGGACGAUGUUGACAAGGAUGGCGAUGCACGACGCGAGAUGGAUGAGAUUCAAAAUAUCACGCCUCGUUACAAGCCUUCUGCAUACAUGCCUACCUCCAAGGUCACUUCUACACGUCCGAAUACUACGGAACAAACCAUUGAAGCCGAGCAAACUACCAAGAAACACGACCGGCUCGUCAUCGGGGCAGGUCGUACAUAUGAAGUAUUCAAGAGACGCUCCGAUGCUGCAGCAAGUGCUGCAGUCGCAAAGUCUAGAACUCCACGAGCGGCCGCGCCGGUGUCGUGCAAAGUCUGCUCUCUUUCGAACGAGCCCGGGUUGUUGAUCUGCGCUGUCUGCUUCAACGUGCUCAAUCCAGACCUCAUGAACCAUUGGAAGUGCAAGAGCGAAUCCUGUAAGAGAAGCAACUACAUGAACGCGGGUAAUGUUGGAGCAUGCGGCGCAUGCGGUCAACCGAAGGCAGCCCAGUGAUUUCUCGGAGCAGCACGAUUUACGAACCUCAUAAUGUGAUACCCCAUAAUUUAGCAUAGAAUCAAUAGUGAUUGUUACAGCGUGCACAAGCAAC